GGAGACGCAACCACCAACAACCAUUUUUCCUUGUCCAGCAAAGGAUUUGAAUGUAACAAUUAUUUCAUUUAUCCGAUGUUACGUGUCUGAAAACCCUCUCUCUCUCUUUCUCCCUUCUCUUUUCUCUCCACAGAAUUUCAAGAAGCACUGCUACACGGUUUCCAUAAAUAACAAGCCACUUCACUGCUAUCUUUCAUUGUUUCCAUCGUCCCACUUGCGAACAAAAACCAGAGCCACACCCUAUCUUAAAUUUCCAUUUUUCACCUAAGAGAACGAACAAGAAGCUCCUUUAUAAAUCUUGCAACUCCAUUUUUCGCGAAAAGUUUGUUAACGGAACAACCCAAAUCAGUUCUCAAAAUGACAGGCAGAUUUGCGAACGAAAUAUUGAGCUUCAUUGUUUUCACUCUAUUAGACAUCCUCGAUUUCUUGUUAUGUUACGUUUACAAAAUACUAGAUUACUUAAUCGAAGCAGAAUGGGAACCGUGUUAUUGUUCUUCUGCGAAAGAAGCCGUUACCAGCAGUGGCAAGAUCUUAGUCUCCGAACAUGGAGAAUCAAAAAUUUUGCACCUCAGUUCCACCAAGUUAGAGCUCGAAGAAAUCUCUGACACGCUCUAUAAUCGCCCUUCAUUGGUGUCCGAGGUUUCAAAAUCGACUGUGGAAGGCAAUAGUAUGAUACAGUCACGCGAAAAAAUCAACAAGAGAGGAGGAACUAUUCGAUCCACAUUCACCAUUAACUCCACCAUUGUCGAAAUGUUACAAGGGAGGAUACAGAAACUUCCGAUUCCCAGAUGGUCGGAUUGCGAUUGCAAAAACUGCACUGGCUGGACUUCGUGCAAAGAAUCACUAUUCAUCAAGGCUGACGGAGCUAAAGAAAAUGUGCAAGAAGAUGUUUUGUUCAUUCAUGGAUUCAUCUCGUCGUCUGCAUUUUGGACCGAGACAUUGUAUCCCAACUUCUCAAAGACGACGAAAUCUAAGUACAGGUUACUCGCAGUGGAUCUGCUCGGUUUUGGGAAGAGUCCGAAGCCAAACGAUUCACUUUAUACUCUAAGAGAACAUUUAGAAAUGAUUGAAAAGUCUGUUCUUGAGGCACACGAAGUGAAAUCUUUUCACAUAGUGGCACAUUCAAUGGGUUGCAUUUUGGCUCUUGCACUUGCUGUCAAUCAUCCUGCAUCUGUCAAGUCCCUAACUCUACUUGCACCGCCAUAUUUUCCGGCACCAAAGGGCGAACCACCAGCACAAUACAUGAUGAGAAGGGUGGCACCACGUCGAGUUUGGCCACUGAUUACGUUUGGAGCAUCGAUAGGUUGCUGGUACGAGCACAUCGGUCGGACUAUCUCCCUAGUGCUAUGCAAGAACCACCGUCUCUGGGAAUUUCUCACCAAACUUUGCACCAGAAACAGGAUAAGAACAUACUUGAUGGAGGGGUUCUUCUGUCACACACACAUCGCAUCAUGGCAUACGCUACACAACAUAAUUUGCGGCACUGCCGGACUAAUGGAAAGAUAUUUGCACGAGGUAAAGAAUGUGGUAAAGUGCGACGUGAAUAUAUUCCACGGUAAAGAUGAUGAACUCAUUCCAGUUGAGUGCAGUUACAGUGUUAAAUCGAGAAUUCCUCGAGCUAAAGUGAAGGUUGUCGAAAACAAAGAUCACAUUACAAUAGUUGUAGGGAGGCAGGAGGACUUUGCCAGGGAACUCGAGCAGAUAUGGAGAAAUGCAAGCACAAUUAAGUGAUAGUAUAUAUUUGAUCAGGGUUUGAUUUGGUGUUUUACUAGUUUUCAAUUCCUUACUGUUUCAUAUAUAAACUGUCAAUUCUCAAUUAAUCAUCCUAGUUUGGCAAGGAAUGAGAUAAUUUUAGUAUAUAAUACUGAUUUUGACUCA